AUGGUGAGAUCGGCCGAUUGGCUCCUCGACGAAGUGGAAGAGUGGCGCACCGGUGACUCGGACAACGAUGGAGGCGCGGAUGCGGAUGCUGAUCCGGAGGAGCGUCGACCACGCCUCAGUGCUUCAGACAAGGGGAACAUUAAGGUUGUGAAGGUCCCUGCUAAGGUCGUCGGUAGCCGCCGCACAAGCAACAAGAAGCGGAAGAACGAUGGCGACCCUGGUUCCAGCCAGGGUGCGAAGAAGACGAAGAAGCCCGAGAAAACCAAGAACGACAUCGUGGUCAACGAGGCGCUCAGCAGCGACGAUGACUAUGCAGAUGCUGCAGGCCCCAUUCCUUCAUACUUUGAGAAGGCUAAGCCUAACGACCCCAUCCUUCAUAACGCUGACUCCUGUCCCCCUUCCCCACUCAGUCGCGGUACUAAAAGGACCACAUUAUCAUGGAUCAUGAGCGAGAAGCUCAAGUGGGCACGCCGCUACCAGGAGCUCGGCUCCCUCAAGAAGACAUCCACUGAAUCCACCGCCUCAAUGCCGGAGCGCGCAGGCUGCAGCAGGCAUGUACAAGUGAGCGGCAGACUUCCGCAAGCGGGGACCACGGGGGACAACACGUGCCUGCUUGGGCAGGCUCUGGAAGAGGAGGAGGAGGAGGAGGAGGAGGAGGAGGAGGAGGAGGAGGAGGAGGAGGAGGAGGAGGAGGAGGAGGGGGAGGAGGAGAUGCAGGCGGUGGGCGUCAGGGAGGUCGGCGUGGCAGCCGGGCUGGAGGUGUUGUAUCAGAAGACCCCCAACUACGGCGAAGCGGCGGCCGAGGCUGACCGCAUGAUCGAGCCUAGGGAGACGGCUAGGCAUGCCUGGCGAGUGCCAGACUUGGGGGUGUAG